AUGAGACCACGAAACCACUGGUGUAAAUUGUGCCAGGACGACUUCGUCCCCUCCGACGACAUAGUUAAAUGUGUGGAAUGUCCAAAACGAUUCCACAAGGAAUGUCUCCAGUAUGAAACCGCCGAAUAUGGCGAUUUAUCUUCUAUUGACUUCAACAAUUAUCAGUGUCCAGACUGCCAAAAGUAUUGUGAGGAAAUUGCCAUAGAAAACGAUGACCGGUGUAAAAUAUGUAAGGAAAUCAAUGAAGAAACGCUUCUUUUGUGUGAUGGCUGCCCUAACUCAUACCAUUUGUCAUGUCUUGCUCUUGAAACUGAACCUGAUGCCGAUAACUGGUACUGUCCCAUGUGCAAACCAGAAGAUCACAAGGGACAUGAAAUUCGGCGUUUGAACAGAAGACCUCGCACGGAAAGUACUACAGAUCAUGUCAAUUCUACAACUUGCUAUGUCUGUCAGCGACAUGGGAAGUUAUUAGGUUGUGAUUUUUGCUCCAAUUCCUUUCACCACUCUUGUUUGUUGGACUUUGAGUUCGAUUUUUCCGGUGACGUAUGGGAAUGUCCUUGUUGUAAGGGGGAGGAUCCACUGCUUAACCAGGCCCACAAGCGUUGGACAAGGCAGCAGAUGGAGGAGGUUAUAGCGCAGCGCAAGAAGCUGAUUAUGCUUUGGCGCCCUAAGAUAAAUAGGUACAGAACUAGGUUCCUAUUGGCGCAUAAGAACUACCUAGUACCUUUUGUCACUAGUAAAGUGUUGAAUAACUUGUCUAGAAAUCUUGUAGUAGAGUCUGGACACUCUAGAAAAAAGUUAAAGCUAACUAGGGAUAUUAGGAAUGUAUUGGAGCAAUUGGAGGAGGAGGGUAAAUAUGAAGCUAGAAAAUUUGUCCAAAAAACACUUAAAUCAGUUUACUACCCUAGCGGUAGGAAGAUGGAGGGAAGGCCGUUAAGAGAGGGUGUAGUGUUGAAGCCCCACCAAAAAGAUGGUGUAAAAUGGUUGUUAAAGUCAUUUUUGAACGGAGGUGCUAUUUUAGCAGAUGAAAUGGGGUUAGGGAAGACAAUACAAACACUCUGUUUCUUGUCAUACCUUAAUUCAAUCAAAAUUGGGGGGCCGCACCUGAUUGUCGUGCCCCUGAGCACCGUGGGUAACUGGCUGAGGGAGGCGCAUAGAUUUACUCCCCAUUUAUCUUGUAUUAAAAUUUGCGGAUCGAGAACUGAGAGGUUGCAUGCGAUGGAAGAUAGACUUUCAUGUCGGGGGCUCUACGAUCUGUACAUAACGACGUACGAGACGAUUAAGAACGAGGAGAGUUUCUUUGUAGAGACAAUUCCGCACUGGCAAUGUCUGGUGCUUGACGAGGCCCAUAGGAUUAAGAACCAUUCUAACGCCUCUCGGCACUCUAUGGACAGGAUAGCAAGUAACAUGAGACUGCUAUUAACGGGUACGCCAUUGCAGAACAAUGCAUUGGAGCUAUUCACGCUGAUAAAUUUUAUGUUUCCGGAUAUUUUCAAGGAUUCCGAGAUCAUGGAGCAGGCCUUCAAGCCCUAUUCCAAAGGCAAAGACUUGGGCAUUGACUCUUUUUUUGGGACAGAAGAACUUGAUUCCAUACGUUUACUCCUAAGCAAAAUCAUGCUCAGGAGACUCAAAGAACAUGCAAUAUCGCUGCCAAAGAAAAUAUUCAACGAUGUUUGGCUUCCACUAAGCGGCACCGCCGCCUUUUGGUACAAGUCGCUUAUUGAGGCCCGCGAGUCCUCCCAAGACAAUAUGUCAGUACGCAAACUUCUAGGCCUGGUUAUCAAGAUGAGAAUCAUCUGCGGCCACCCAAGGGGCAUUGUGAGUCGCAGUAGCCAAUUUGACAAGCUCUGUUCAUAUUUUGCGGUGGAUGCUGAAAAUCCAGACCCAAAUCACAUCGACGAUAAGUUUUUAGGGCAUGCCAAAUCGCUCCAAGAUAUUUCAGGAGAGGCUCACAUUGCGGCCUCAUCUAAGUUGAUAUUUCUGGAUAAAUUACUGCUACAGCUUCAUUACGAAAACUGCGCCUUUGCCCCUGGGUACAAGGCAAUGGUCACAAAUCAUCUGAGGGAAACACUCAAACAUAAGUCUAAAAGUCCAAGCAAAAUGACUUUGCAGCAGAUAAAAUCUGUGCAGCCUGGAUAUAUUGUGGAACCCAGACCAACAAGUGACAAGAAGAGCAUGUUUGUCGAGAGCAUGCGUCCAUCGGAAUAUACGGUACAGUGUCCAUACACGGGUAUUAACAAUGAACUAAACGACAUAAAUAUGGAUUUUGAGUUGGAAAGGCAAUUUUCAGACUCAGACGAACAUACGGAUGAUGAGGCAGAAUCGUACGUCGAGGAAUCUCCGAACAAGAAAAAUGUAAACGCAGAAAAUAGUAGUGACAAUAAAUUAGGCACGAUUGGUAUAACUAAUAAUACAAGCAGUGAUGUUGACAACGCUGCAAAGGAAGUAAGGGAGGAUCCGAUGAAUUUUGAGGGUGAGAGUCCAAAGAAGAGGCUUGACAAAAAGCCCUCCAUGCACAAAAUGCUCAUUUUUACUCAGUUCCAACUGGUACUGGAUGAGCUAGAACGGUAUUGUAAGUACCGCGGCUGGAAAUAUAUGCGCCUCGAUGGCUCUACCAACAAGCUUAUCCGGGAGCUGGAUAUUAGGGAAUUUAACUCCAAUGAUAGCCCCUAUUUUAUUUACCUGAUAAGCACUAGGGCCGGUGGCCUGGGCAUAAAUUUGACCUCGGCAAACCACGUGGUGCUGUAUGACGAGGAUUGGAAUCCAUUUGUUGACCUCCAAGCCAUUGAUCGUGCCCAUAGGAUUGGACAGAAACGGAAUGUCCACAUUUGGAAGCUCAUAACAGAAUGGACUGUUGAAGAGCGAAUGGCCAUUAGGAGGGACCAGAAGCUCAAGCUAGACAAGCUAAUAAUGCGUUCUGAGGGCGAUUUGGUGGAUUCUAAUGACGCGCCUCAGGAUUCAUUGUCCCCAGCGGAAAUCAUUAAAAUGCUGAUGCAUGGCAGGAUGGCUAUUAUGAAUAUGGAGCCUGAAGACAUUUCCAAUCUCAGCUUAGAUAAAUGUAUGAGUAGGGAGCGCCGCAAGCCAAAUAUACUCGAAGAGACCUUGAAUGAUGAGACAAUUGAAACUACAAUUGAGAGUGGAAUGCUGGUUGACAAGGAAAUAAUUGUAACUAGCGCCAUACAGGAGGAGGAGGGGAUUGUGUCCGACCCAUUGUCACUGGAGGAAAAGCCGGAAGAACAGAUUGCAGGACCUCCUGAAGGAUUUACAGAGUCUAACAGAGAUGAAUUUAUUACGCAACUAAAGGACGCAGGGUUUUUGUGGAGGAGUGAAAGAGACCGUAAAAAGCCUGCACUAAUGUACGUUCCGGAGAGUUGGAACAAAAAAAGCGAGGCUAAGACACUAAAACACGAGCCCAGAUGUUUUACUUGCGGGCAGCCUAAGAACUAUAAAUGUAAAUACACUGACAAGAAUGGUGAGUCUAUUGAAAUUGACUACGGCGAGUUGUUCCACUGUUACCGUUGCCCAAGAUCUUACCACAAAAUUUGUGAGAAUUUGCCAGAACUGAACCGUAAAACUUGGUCUUGUCGUUGGCACGAGUGCUGCCUGUGCUUCCGAAAGUCUUCACAAUGCGGAAAUCUACUAAUUCACUGCUCAUCAUGCCCUACUAGUUUCUGUUAUGAUUGUUUUCCCCCAGACUACAAGCGCCAUUAUGUGGAUGAUGCCUAUUAUAGGCAGCUAAACCACAGGGGCUUGGCGGCGAAUCAACAAAAUUGGAUCUUCUUCUUUUGCUCUAAAUGCAAGGCAUUCCAGGAGCAGAGGAAGAAGAGGCGCAUCAGCAAGGUUGAGAAGGAGAAGAGAUCCAAUCAGCAGAAAGAGCUGAGGUUGAAGCUAAAGAGCAGCAAGAUUUCAGAUAAAGAUAUGAUUUUGCAUAAGAAGACCAUCGAUGACAUGGAUGCGAAACUUGAGGAUGAACUAAGGAAUGGAUACCAGGCGCUUUUUCCAAAGGAUUUUGUUGACGAGCUUCAGAGGAGGAUAGAUAGGGACCGCCAGCUACUUCGAACAAAUGAAGCUGAUUUGUCGUAUAAAAACACUAAAGUGGAUGGUCAAGAGUCUAAGGCAGGGGUAGAGCUUGAUAAUAAUUCUUUAUCGCCAAGCACAGUCCCUACAGAUACAUCUAGUUCAGUAAAUGAUGCCGGUGCUACAGAGGUAAAUAAGAAGAAGGUUAGAAAAGCAACAACCUUCUCCAAUUCUAGAUUGCCCGGUAAAAUGCUUUCACUCUGCGAUAAUUGCAGGAUGUUUGGGCAUAAUGUACCAAAGUAUCCAUCAGAGUGUAUGUUUCCCCAAGAGUUUGGCAAAUCGCCGGUGGAGGUCACCAAAAAUGGCAAAAUUCCUGGUAAAAAAUUGGUUCGAGCUACUUGUUCAAAGUGCAACAGUAUUCAUCUGGGUAAGGCAGCCCACAGUAGGAAGCACUGCAAAUUAUUGUCAAAUGAUGAGAUCAAGGAGUAUGAUAAGAGGCGGGAGGGACAACGAAAGAUUAUUUUGGAACUUGGUAAGCAGGAACCAUUAAAGUGCCCUAGCUCCCUUGAAACGCUUUCUCUGGGAUCUUUUAAGUCACUCUACACAAAUUUGCUUAACAAAGCGGAUAAUGUUAUGGAGGUUUGUAUUGUUAACGCUGGUAUGGGGAAGACUUUGGGGGAGAGGAAGGCCAAGAAAAAACCCGAAUCUGUAAAAGCUGAGGGGGAGAGUGACAGCAUCGUCAAACGUGAAAUAGGAGAUUAUUCGGGGACUGAAACCAGUGUAAUUAGUUCAUUUGCCAAUGCGAUGUUGAACAAUGACAUGAGUGGUAAAUUCACCAAUUUAAACUCAAGCCUGAGGCCCAUGCACCCUAAGCUUCUCACAUCAUUUUCUACUAUCAGUUCUCUGCAAAAUCACUAA